AUGCCGUUCUCCCAUCACAGCCAUUCAGGACAAUUCUGUCCAGGACACGCUCGAGAUUCUCUCGAAGAGAUUGUGCUGACUGCCAUCUCGAAGGGAAUGCAAGUCCUAGCCUUGACUGAACAUAUGCCCCGCCACGAGGAGGACCGAUAUCCAGAGGAGGUGGAGGCCGGAGUAACGCUGACCUCACAGCUCAGCAACGAAAGCGCCUUUGUCGCUGAAGCCAGCAGGCUGCGAGAAAAAUACAAAACCCGAAUUGCACUACCGCUCGGCUUCGAAUGUGAUUGGAUUCGACCCGAAUCUCUGAGGCUAAUCCACCGAAGCAUUGAGACGCACCCGUAUAACUUCUUCAUCGGGUCCGUCCACCACGUCCAUACCAUUCCCAUCGACUAUGACCGCCAGAUGUAUGAACAAGCACGUAUGGAAUCCGGUGGGACCGAUGAGAAACUGUUUGAAGACUACUUCGACGCGCAACUGACCCUAUUGCAAGCACUGAAGCCCCCGGUGGUGGGGCAUUUUGACCUUAUCAGGCUGAAGAGCGAUAGUCCCAACGGAAAUUUCAGUGGAAUGAAAGGUGUCUGGCAACGAAUCUUGCGCAACCUGGACUACGUCGCCUCGUAUCGAGGGGUGCUUGAGCUUAACUUUGCGAGCUUGCGUAAAGGCAUGGACGAACCUUAUCCCAAGCGAGAAAUAUGUCAGGCGGCGUUAGAAAGGAACAUUCGAUUCUGUUUGUCUGAUGACAGUCAUGGCGUAGACCACGUUGCCCUCAACUACGAGCAUGCUUUGUCUUUUCUCGACAAGGCGGGAAUACCGUCGGUGGCUUUCUUGCAGAACUGUGCACCUGCUGGGAGAUUGUCAAUAGACCGUUUUCAAGAACUGCAGUUCGAACAAAUGGAGUUGUCCGACUUGCGAAACCACAGGUUUUGGCAAACCGCGUCGGCUAUUUAG